CUUACAGUCAACUACAACUCAUACGGAAUUAAAAAUUGCCUAACUUAUAUGAUUCAAUAUUAUUUUGUGCGACAAUUUUACAGCAGCCAAGUUGUGAACGCGUGAAGCUUGAUAUGUCCUUUAUAAUUGUUUAAGCGAUACUCUUUUAUCAUCUAUAUAAUUUAUAAUAUCUCCUCCUCGCAGAAUCAGAACAAAAUAUCUUAUAUUGCCAUACAGAAUUAGCUCAAAAUCUACAUCUGUAAGCUCCAAUCAUAUGUCUAAUUAUAUGUGGCUAGAGUUCCAAUCAUAUGCUACUAAAUUUUUAAAUCCAUCUCCUUAUUAUUGAUUUUAAGUGCAAUAAUACAUCCGACCAAACAAAACAUCAUAGUUUGUAGUCUUGUACAAGCAAAAAGAUAGUUCAUGAAUUUGUCAGAUUUGAUGUGUAAAAACUAAUACUAGUAAUAAUAUCGAGAACUAAAUAGACUUAGACAAAAAAAAGUCUAGAUAUUUAAGAUUUGUCUAGCCUAUACAAAGAUUUAUGCAUGUUUGCCAUUUCCCUGUUACCAACAAGAAAUAUAUGUCAAAAAAUGCCAAACAAAAAAAUAUAUGUCAAAAUAUGUACUACAGUAUAUGAUAAGUAAAGUUUUAUUUGAUUUUAAAUAGCAUUGUAGAUGAAUCUACGAGAAAAAGCACAUUUAUUUUAUUAAACGUAACUGAAGAUAACCCAACUCCAUCGGAUAGACAUUCACAAGAAAAUCGAGUUAUGAAGAUGUAAUUAAAGACGUGUUAGAAUUCUGUUUAUUUAUCUUGUAUAAGUGAACUGUAACCCCAAACAAGGUUGUAUCGGCUGAGUUAUUUUUUAUUUCAAAAGUGAUGUAAGUGCUGACCUGUUAGUAAAUAAAACACAUGUGUUGUCGUUAAGUUGAUUAGAGGAUCAGCUAACGCUAAUGGGACAAGCGCGUCUUCGUUUUUAUGUUCCGACUGUCUGACGAGAAAUACAAUAUAUUAAAAUAUGAAACACGAGUCCGAGUAACGACGACCAACGUGGAGAAACUCUGGCUUUAGGCCUCUAUAUAAACAAAUAAAGAGAGCUCUCUCAUUCUCACAAGUCAUUUAACAACUGUAGCUCUCGAAGUAGAACUCAAAAAACUUCUAGACCAUUCUUUUCCCGCGAAUAUUCAAGUCUCAUCGAUCGAUCAUGAUCUCCGUAGUAAUCAUUGUUGAGCUACUGGUGGAGUACACAAUGUCUCUCGCUAAACUCACCGCUGGGAUUCUUCCAAGGAGGCAAGGCGACGAAAAUUUGGUAAGGAUUGGCAAUUUCUCUGUGUAUUGUCCCGCUAGGUCCUCGCCGGUUCCAGAUUUCUCUUCGCAUCUUGUCGAUUUCUGAUUACAGUUGAGACUUUUUUCCCCUUUUGGAUACUGAUCAGACUAGAGACUUGUAAACAAUGCAUAGUGUCGAAUUAUAUAAUACUAGAACUUUUGAUUAUGACAGCCUUUUUCUUAACUUAUGAUAACUGAUCACCUGUUCUGUUGUGUCCAAUUGGUAAUUGUCUCGACCAAUGAUGAUUUCCAAGAAUUGACCUCCUUUAAAUUCAGUCACAUUUUAUAGUAGAAGUAUUUCAAAAGAUAGUCGGUGAAAAAAACAACUUUACCGAUAUAAAUAAAAUUUCAUACCCAUUUUGGUGAUAUGGACUCCAAUUUUGUAGAAAAAUAGAGGGACUAUUAAACUAAAAAUGAGAUAAACCUAAAAGGAAAAAACAAAUAGAAUGUUCUAAAACCAAGUAGACAGAUACACACGGACUGAGUAUAUUUAUAUACUUUAUUGGGUAAGUGGUAUAUGAAAAGCAGCAGCUAAUGGUAUAUGCCGUAUCGGUAUUGUGUGCGUAACCACCAUGAAUUUUGUCUUGUCACCAAAACUGUGACAGUUCUGUCUGCAACGCGUGACACGCGGCAAAUUACUAAAGAGUAGUAAUAAAAUAAAGAAAAGGAAAGCGAUAUACGUGUGCAAGUAGUAGGUCUUGGAAACACUGGGAGCUUGAGGUUUGCCGCCUAUAUAAAGAGAUUUAUACAUGUAUGGUGUCUCUCAGUUCCAACACCAUUUUCUAAGAGAUAAUAAGUGAGAGACUUCUAGAUUUCCGGCGAAAAUUAUUAUUAAAAUUUCUUAUUAUCAGAGAUUAUGAUUUCUGUUGUUAUAAUCACUGAGCUACUGGUAGAGUACACGACUGCACUAGCGAAACUCACCGCCGGGAUUCUUCCUAGACGGCGAGGAGACAGUGACGUUAUAAGGAUUGGUGGUUUCUCUUUGCGUUUUCCUUCUAGAUCGACACCUGUUCCAGAUUUCUCUUCUCAUCUGGUUGAUUUCUGAUCUGCGCAAAACCAACUUUCUCAGAUCUUAAUUUUGUGUGUUUCUCCGGAGCUUUCUAGGUGAUUGUGGCUUUGUUUUGAAGAAACUUCUCUAGAUUUUGUGUUGAUUACUUGAUCAGAGCUUUGUAUAAUUGUAUCGAGUUAUUACUAGAGACUAUUUUGAUUAAUCUUCCAGCGUUUCUAAAUUUUGAGAUUUCAAUCUUUUGUAUCUGUAGAGAACGUGAUGAAGAGAUGAUGUUUUUUUGGCUUCA